UGUUAGAAAUUAGCAGGUCAUCUUUAAACAAUAUAAAAGCAGCCAGAGAGAUCAUAUCAGUCAGAGUUUAGGCGAAUGAGCGAAGUUGAAUCAACUUGGAAGAUGAAAUUUACCAUUUUACUGUUUGUUUCUCUGUUCUGUGGCCUGAUUUUGGCCCAAGAGGAUGGUCCUGAAAUAGAAAAAACUAGUGGAACACAGUCAUGUGACAUGUGUGAUCUCCUGAAAGAGUUUGGUGCCCUGAGAGAAAAAGUGGGAGUUAUGGAAACCAGACUGAAGGACAGUGAAAACCAGAUUCUUGAACUGAAGAAAAAAGAAACAACUAAGGUAGCAUUCAGUGCAGCAAUAGGUGGGAGUGGAAGACAAAUUGGACCCUUCAACACAGACACAACUUUAAUCUACAAAACGGUGAUAACAAACAUUGGCAAUGCCUACAAUGAACAUACUGGUAUCUUCAUUGCGCCCGUUACAGGCAUAUACUACUUCACCUUUCAUUAUCAUGCCGGAGGAUCACACCCAGUGAGUCUAGCCCUCAUCAAGAACAGCCAGCGUGUUGUGACAGCCUAUGACCACCAGACACUGAAUGACGGGGCUGAUAACGGAAGCAACGCAGUGUUCGUGCAGCUGCAGGAAGGGGACCAGGUGUUUAUACGCUUAGAUGCAAAUACAAAUGUGUGGGCAAACAAUGAAAUCACUACCUUCAACGGUUUUUUGGUCAAUCAGGAUUGAGAAACAGUGAAUAUGAUUCAUUUGUCAUUAUGAUCACAAUUUUAAAUGGCUUAACAGAUCUGAAAUCAUAGAUUCAUUUAUUUCAUUUUGUAUCUGUCUGAAAUGAUCUGAGUAUUUAAAAUGCUGUAUGUUCAUUUUAACUCAUUCCAAUUAUCACAAGUAAACUACGUGCUAUACUGCAGAUCAAAAAAUGCACUUAUUGUACAUUUUGUAUGUUGUGAAUUUUUCACACACUUUUUAAACUCUCGUCUUUCUAUCGUCCUUGUGUAGACUGUUAAUCCUUUCAGCUUUCAACUUUUUUUAAAUUUAAAACUUAAAUGAGAAUGCAAAAGUGGUGUGUACUGUAGGUUUGCUAUCUUUUUAUUAAACCAAUCAAAUGCCUCAAACCUUUUAUUUGAAUUCACAUAAUAUAGAAUUCUAAAACAUGAUAUCUGGUUAAACAAAUGAUAGAUUUUAGAGGCAUUGCAGAACAACUGCAUAGAAAGGAAAAAAAAACAAGUGUUAAACAGUUAAAGUGAGAAUUGUAAUGUAAAUAAAAGAACAAUGUGUUUCCAUCCAUGA